AUGGCACAGCUGUGGUUUACCGUAUCGCAGACCGCUUUGCAUAUAUUUUCAGCCUGUCUAUUUGACCUCCUUUUCCAGUCAUCGGUUUCUUCUUAUCCCCUAACAAGCUGGAAUCGUCUGCUUCAAACCGUUGCAUUCUUCUCUAUCCCAGUAAUAAUUUCUCCCUUUUGUGCUUGUGGUGACUGUUGCCUUCUGCUUCCUACCGCCUCCCCUCCCCCUCCUGCACUUGCUGCGCGCGUCGCAAAGGACUGUUCCGCGUCGCCGAAGACACCAACUGGGACUGCCAAACUCUUACCCAGUCAGGAGAGUGGGCCCUACGUGACCAGAGUGCAGAACUUGGUGGCAGCGCUGGGACCCGAAUACCGUUGCCUACGGGGACACUACGUUCCCGCCUGGUGUCUCCGCCUACCUCCGUCUGGCGGUUCUCUGAUUGGCAGUUUGGUUUCCGCGCUCUCCAACAUGCGUCCCUUUACCAGGCAACUGCUGCAUCUCAAGCGCGUGCAUUCAGUGUCUGUGGGCGCCGGCGAUAGCAGCAGCAGCAGAUCCGUCAGAGUGCUUUUGGACAUGCAUAGUGUCGAGUUCUCCCGCAGUCAUGCGCUGGAGCUCCGAGAUCAGCUCGUCCACCAGCUAGACAUGCAGGAGCCUGAUGUGGCCAGUCUGCAAGUGGAGCCCUGUUGGAUACCUCUCUUCAGGGCGCUUUCGCGCCGCCAACACGAGGAACUCGUCAGACAGGCCAAGGAGGUUGGGUUGCAGACUGCCACGCCGUUGGGCUGGCCGUCCACCUUUCAUCCUGACCCCCAGCUGGAACUUCUACUGGCCGUGGGCUCGGAUGCUCCAAUCACUUACUUCACGAAUGAGGAAGCCACCUGGUAA